CCUCCGGCUUCGCCGCCGUGGCACCGUGAGCCACCGCUUCAAAUAGCAUGCUCUGAGGCGACCAGAUCCAGCACCCGCACCCUCCGUCGUCGCCCGCCAUGCAGCUCACUCUCCUCUCCGUGCUCGCCCUCGCCGCCUCGGUGCACGCCCUGCCCGCCGACAGCUCGGCGCCCGUCGCCAGCGUCGAGUACGACCGGCGCACCUCGGAGCUCGAGAUCCGUGCCGCCACGCCGGAGCGCAUCUCGUCGCAGCUGCGCCGGCUGCAGAACAAGUACGCCACGAGCUUCGCCAACUUCCAGCUCAACGAGGGCCGUGCCAACCCGCUGCUCAACGCCUCGAGCAUCGGCGACGUCGUGGCGCGCAUCGUGGCCAACGCGCCGGCCCAGCGCCGGGCGCCCUCCGGCACCGUGCCGCUGACGGACGUGCAGAACGAGCUGCUCUGGGUCGGCCCGCUCAGCUACGGCACGCCGGCGCAGACAUUCCAGCUCGACUUCGACACGGGCAGCUCGGACACGUUUGUGCAACCGGGUCUCUACAAGCCGGCCGCCUCAACCUCGUCGACGACCAACGGACAGAAGUUCCGCGUCGCGUACGGCGAUGGCACGAUGGCCACCGGCACCGUGUACCGCGAGACGGUGACCAUCGGCGGGCUCAAGGUGAAGAACCAGGCCGUCGGCGCCGCCGACCAGAGCACGCUCGACGACACGAGCUCGAACGGCAUCAGCGGCUUCGGCUUCCCGAGCAUUGCGCAGUUCAAGGCCGACCCCGUGUGGGUCACGCUCUACAAGCAGGGCAAGCUAGGAUCCAAAGCCCAAUUUGCCUUUGGUCUCUCGCGCACCAAGGCACGAUUGGACCUCGGCGGCGUGGAUAAGGCCAGCUACUCGGGUAGCCUCGUGUACAGCAAGGUCGACUCGUCCAGCGGCUUCUGGCAGACGCCUGGCACGCUCAACGGCAAGGCCAUCAACGCGAUCAUCGACACCGGCACCACUGUUGUCGUCGGCCCGCCGGCGGAUGUGCUCCAAAUCUGCCUCGCUGCCGGCGGCACGCCCAUCGUCACGCCCUCGGGCACGUCGGUGCAGGUGCUGUGCGGCUACACGCCCCUCUACCGCCCAAAGUUCGUUUUCACGUUCGGCGGCGCCUCCUACACGCUCUCGGCGGAGAGCGAGGCCUUUGCUGAGCAGGACGGCCUCACCAUUGCCGGCAUCAUCGGCGCCGACAUCGGUCUUGCGAACGCGUGGAUUGUGGGAGACACCUUCCUGCAGAACGUCUACGCCGCCUUCGAGGGCCUGCAGGGCGGCAACACGCGCGUCGGCUUUGCGCCGCGCAAGCUCUGAGCAGCACGCCAGCUGCUUCCUCUAUGCUCCUUCCUCCCGGUCGCAGAGGCGCCAGGCCCGGCGCCGCCUCCCGCUUAUUAGCCCUGCCUGCUCUUAUGACGC